CCAAUUGCAUCUGCUCGGCGCUCCAAGCCACCAUCAUGUCCGGCCGCGGCAAGGGCGGGAAGGGUCUGGGCAAGGGCGGCGCCAAGCGCCACCGGAAGGUGCUGCGGGACAACAUCCAGGGCAUCACGAAGCCGGCGAUCCGGCGGCUGGCGCGGCGGGGCGGCGUGAAGCGCAUCUCGGGGCUCAUCUACGAGGAGACCCGCGGCGUGCUCAAGAUCUUCCUCGAGAACGUCAUCCGCGACGCCGUCACCUACACCGAGCACGCCCGCCGCAAGACCGUCACCGCCAUGGACGUCGUCUACGCGCUCAAGCGACAGGGCCGCACCCUCUACGGCUUCGGCGGCUGAUCUGGUGCUGCUGCUCCGUCCAGUCUCUGCCAGCUGCUGUUCCAUCGAUCUGUGUUCUGAAACUCUGGAGACCUGAGUUCGAAAGUAAUAAAAUAGCAUGGUGGCCGCUCUCGACUUUUUCGCCUCUAUUGAUCUCCUUCCUCUUGCCAACCAUGGCUUCUUUUUCAGUAGAACUAGUGUGCUGCGA